AUGGCAGCCGUGUGGCGGCUGCCCGUCGUCUUCUUCUGUGAGAACAACCAGGCCGAAGACAUUCCACUGCUCCCGCAGAGCACCUCGCCAGAGCAACACCCCCCAGCUGGCUACGGGGACGCGCUGCCAACGGACCGCAGGCUUCUCUUGCGCAGAAGCACGGACGGCAGUGGCUAG